AAAUUAGCAGUGUCAUAGAGCAAAAAGUAAUGUUUUUGUACGUUAUUAUUGCUAUGUUGGACAGUGAUGCAUUUCUGAAUAACAGAGUUACUUAUCUAAAACUCAAAAGCUAUCUUCUUCAUCUCAAUCUCAGAGGUUCAUAUGUUGACUCCUGGUGAAUUGUUCUUAGCAGAACCAAAGGGGGUCUUGAUGCACUUAUCCUAAGCCCAUGUCUUCUUUCUUUUAUUUAGCCUCAGUUUUCUGUGCCAUUGAUACCAUGAAGUUUAUAUUCUCCCAUUUCCUAUUAAAAAGCCUCUUUCUUUUAAAUUAGAAAUCAUUCCACAUUAUUCUACACUCCUAUUUCUAACGAAGAGCAAGAAAAGUUGUUCUAACUAAUCGAAACAGAUUGGACGGGAGAUCUCUACAAAUAAUCAGCUUGAGAGAGAAAUCCUUACAUAUAAUCAUCCUCUCUCAUUUCUUGAAAUCAAAAGUUAACUUGAAGUAAAGUCUAAUCCACCCUCUUGUUUAUUCAAGGCAAGGGCAAUUCCUAGGAUGGCUGUUCCGCCAAGCCUUCCAGAUUUAUCCAAAUUUCUGAAUUUAAACAACAUAUUUAACCAAUCUGGAGGAGUAUCUAAAUU